CGAUGAAUGUGUAUUUCUGUCUUUUCUGGCUGUUCCUUUUCUUCUGACUUGACUCCCUUCGUUUUUUCGUCUUUCUUUCGUUCUCUCAAGGCUUUUUCGGCAAGCCAAUUCAGUCGACAAAUUCUCAUCGCCGCUCGUUCUAUCGCUGUUUAAUAUCGUCACUCCUUCUAUAUGUUUUUCUGCUACUAGUAGCAUCUACAUUCUUUUCAUCCAGCCGUGCACUACACUCACUCGUGUACGGCUGCUUCGCGUUGAGUCACUCGUUCAUUCUACCGUGUCUAUCCGUUCGCUCCUUCGAAUACCGGAUAUCACACCAUCCAUCCGACCUAUAAUACAAUCACUCCAUAUCAGACAACAGUGAACAGACCUUCAUGCCCAACCAGUAAAUAGGGGGAAUGGCAACAAUCCGAGACCCGGCCUUCUGGCGCCGGUUCUCCCUGGCCGUCCACCUCGACGCGGCAUCAAAAAACCCAUCAGACGACAAAGAGGCCAAUCCCAACAACCUCUUCUCAGACCAUUGGAUUCAAAAACAACGCAAAAAACGAGAACGAAGCAUCCUAUUCGGCUUUCUGAUCUUUCUUUUUGUCGCUAUCUUCGUGGCGGGUGUGGUGGUUGU